AUGAGGUCGCGCAGGUUGCCGAGUGUCCGCUCGGCCAUCGUUGCGGCCACGCGCGCCUUCGGUGCUGCUGCAGGUCGGGCACCGUCUGGUGCACCGCACUUUUCACAGCCCCUUUUUCUCGCAGUGCACGCUAAACUUCGAAGUUCGACAGCAAGUAAACUCACCCGCUUUCAUCCCAUCUCGAAGAAUCGCAUCCUCUCUGAAUACCUCCGCAUUCCUUCGUUUAAUUUAUGGAGAACAGUUAGGUAG